CAUUUUGGGGAGGUUCUUCAACCACGAUUUACUAGCUACCACCACCAGGCCGAAGACUUCCAAGAAACUGAACAAAAGACGUUUUUACAAAAAACCAUCGUUCAAUAUGGGUCCACCAGGAGACAAGCUUGAUCGUGUGUCCUCUGAAAGAACGGAGGAUUUAAGUUGGUUUGUCAAUUUAUCUUGACAUGGCAUGCAGGGUUAGUUGGUGGUUGUGACGACGACUGAAGAAAAGCACGAAAAAAAAAACAAGCGAAGAUAAAUAGCUAACACCUCAAAUUCAGCGUGUGAAAGAGAUUUUGACUGCGUUUGUUGUCGUCUGUAAAAAAAUUAAGUUGGUUCUCUCGACGCGAAUCCUAAACAUCAUGAUGAUAUUGAAGGAAAUGUUCAUGUAAAAUGACAGGACACAACAGUUAAGCCAGCCAACCGUUACGACAUUAAAUAGCAAGCCAGACACAACUCUUCGGAAAUGUAAAAUGGAAGAUGACUCUCAGCUGGCUAGCUAACCGCACGACAUAUAGGCCUCCAAUUACUCCAAGUAACAAACAUAUGAUGUAGCUAACUAGUUAAUCCACUAACUAGUUAGUGUUUGGAAGUGUAUGCAGCCUAGCUAGCUCAUGUUAGCUAGUCAGGCUAAAAAUACUGCCGUCACUAUGAGUAUCGACAAUGGAAGUAAACAAGGCCGCGGGCCAGUUCAAUGGCAGUAAACCCCCGGAGAUGUCAAGUUACUUUGGUAAACGUCAAUGUUGUAACCUCAACCUGGUGCCAACAUCUGGUAUCCACAUUUACUUUCCACGAUGGUUGUCUGUACCCCCUGCACUGUCAGUAUUACGCUCAUAACGCGGUCUCUUCAGAUAAAUGAACACAAACCGCGUCAGUCAUGGACGAAGCUUUGAGUUUGAGAAGACGACAGUAGAAUGUGGUCUGCUUGCUAGUUUUGAGUAGUAGUCUUACAUUUCAGUAGUGAGAAGUAGUGUCGGUAUGGGGUUUAAAAAUAGCUAUCCUUUCUGUUGGUAGUUUGUUGUCAGUAACAGAAAGAAAAGGUACACCUAAAUACGAUUUGUUCAUGUUAUCACUAGCCCAGUGAUGUGUUGAAUUAAAGUUUAAUUUGGCCUGUAUUCUAAUGUCAUGCUUUUAAUCACAUGGCUUCUUGAGUAAUUAAUGAAACAAAUGUAGCGAAAUAUUGAUUAAGAACCCCCCACUCCUCCUAUUAUCCCUUUAAAUACAUACACAUGACAUAGUUUGAUAUUUAAUGAAUUCCUCCUAGAGUUUUAGUAUGUAUUUCAAAAGAGGAUAGUUUAGAAACAUUUGAUUUCUCGAUUCUGUAAGGGGUAGCUACAUCUCAAGAGUAAAUAGACAACUCGAAAGUAUCAAAAUCUAAUAAUGGGGGACCCAAUCUCGAGAAGAAACCAUACUAGGAAUCGACUCCGUGCUCAGAUUCAGAAGAAAAGGGAGUCUUUGGCUGACCAGUUUGACUUCAAGAUCUACAUAGCCUUUGUUUUCAAAGACAAGAAGAAGAAGUCUGCGCUGUUUGAGGUAGCUGAAGUCCUACCGGUGAUGACCAACAACUAUGAAGAGAAUAUCCUGAAAGGUGUGCAGGCUGCCAGCUACUCCCUCCAGAGUUCCAUGGAACUGAUGCAGAAAGAUGUUGUGCAGUUGCACGCCCCACGUUACCAAUCAAUGCGCAGGGAUGUCAUAGGAUGCACCCAGGAGAUGGACUUCAUCCUGUGGCCGCGCAACGACAUAGAGAAGAUAGUCUGUCUCUUGUUCUCCAGAUGGAAGGGGGCCGAGGAAGAACCCUUCAGGCCUGUUCAGGCCAAGUUUGAGUUUCAUCAUGGAGACUACGAGAAGCAGUUGUUACAUGCUGUCGGCAGGAGGGAAAAGGCCGGAAUGGUUAUGAAUAACCCAGCUCAGUCCGUCUUCCUGUUUAUGGACCGACAGCACUUACAGACUCCUAAAACCAAGGCCACAGUUUUUAAAUUGUGCAGCCUUUGCCUGUACCUGCCCCAGGACCAGCUAACGUGCUGGGGCGUUGGCGACAUCGAAGGCCAUCUCCUCCCGUACAUGCCCGACUAGGGCCAGCCGUCCUCCAUGCCUUCCGCCCACAACACAAGGAAGAUUAACCCACAAGCCGCUGAAGCAAGUGGAUCUCUCUCCUCCACCACACAUCCUUCCGUUUUGAAUAGAAUUGAACUGGUGCUUGGAUCUCCCUUUUUUUUGUUGUUAAACACUUGUUCGUUCAUUAAUUUCCGUCCUCAUGAAGCAUAUUUGUUUUUCUCCUUACCAAGCUUCCUCCUCCUACCAGUUUUUUGGCUCGGUUUUUCCCUUUUAUCCUCCAUCGUGUUUAUUUUGAACCUGCACAAACAUUGAAUUUGAGUGGUUGGUUAUUCCCCUGGAGCUGCACUGGCAACCACACAGUCCAGUCACUGAAGGAACUAUUUAUGUUGCUACCAAGCAAGAACAAAGCGCCACACAAGCUUUCACGACGUUCAGUCUCCGCUGGACACAUUGUAAACCCAUGUCAUAAGAUUGUAAAAGCUUCUGUCAUUUCAAAGAUGUGUUUUUAAAGAGGAAAAGAUGCCAUGGGGAUUCGAGAACGACUAGCUACAAUCUAUGAUGACAGGCGAGGUGCUGUUAAACCGUCUCCCCUUUAAAGAUAAAUACGAACAGUAUUUCAAAAUCAUUUGGUGUAGGUAUUUGCUUCUUUGUUUUCCUUUUUUAAUAAGCCUCCUUUUUGUUUGAAAGCUGGGUGUUUGUUUGUUUUUGAUUUUGGCUGUCAUUUUGCGAUCCUGUGAAAUAUGCCGGGUAGAUGAUUUUGGUAAGAGCUGGAGCAUAGAUGAGAACUGUUGGGAGGGAGUUUUGAGACCAGUGUCGUGAAUCGCAUGGUGUGGACAGACACACACACUGUCGAUGUCGGUUAGACGCUGAAGCUUGUUAACACGCAACACAUUCAAGCUACUGAAAUCUGAUGUCCCCCCCCCCCUCCCCAAGUGGGUUGGCAAGGGUGAAUGUUGGAUGUUAAGAAGAUAAUGUUACCUACUAACAAUGGAACAGGUUGUUGAGUUGAAAUGAAUGUGAUCGCCAGAUUUAUGUUCCUUAAUUUGACAAACACAAGUAUCCUAAGAGUACUAAUUGAUGCGGUGCUUAUGAAAUGAGUGUGUUUCUUUGUUUAGUUUUUUUGGAAGCUUGCUUUGCUGGGGGAAAUAAAGCACAUUUAAUUUGG